AAAAUAGUAAUAAAAAUCCAGUUUUUUUUUGCGUUACACUUCUAAUUUACGUUAUAGUGUACGUAAACAGAGCGAACAUGAGAGCACCCGACUGCAGACGUCAAUAAUGCAGCGUAACGGAAUAAUCUCCCGAUCAAACUCCGCUUCCCGAAAGUUAUAAACUGCCUCCGGAACCCAGUUAAGGUACAAAAAUCUAUUCAACAAAAAUAGUGAUGCACGCAGUGAAGUCUUUUUUCGCUCAGCCGAGCCUUCUCUGUUGCUGUGUGGAGCAGCCUGUGUCAGUCACCUCUUUUACCCCCCACCCCCCCGACUCCUGAAUGUCACUCACUCACUCACUCAUGCGGGCAUGCACUGCGGUCUCAUGAGAAAACGCAGCUUUUUGAUAUAAAGUAUUCGUAAAAAACACGCUAUUUGUGCCUUUCCGAAUACCGUAUUCGGGUUCGGCUCCACCCCUAGUCUGGAGAGAGUCAUUUUGACCCUGUCGGACUUCGAUACUCUCUCCGGUCUUUGUCUGUGUUCCCGCCCUUUUGUAUCUCUUGUUAUUGGUUGUUUAUUAGUUCAUGCCCCACACCUGUUCCCCUUUGAUUUGUCCCUUUAUUUAAUGCCCCUGUGCUCUCUGUCUUGUGUCGGGUCAUUGCACUGUGUCGUGUGGGUGGGUUCUUGAAAUGUAGUUAGUCUAGUUUGUAGUGUUCCUAUGCGAUGUGUUAUUAGUUUAGUCUUGUCAGUUUAGUUAGUCUUGUUCUUGUUCCUCUGUUUUGUUAUGUUUACCCCCAUGUGGGUCUUUGUUUUGUAUUUUGUAUUUGUUAUUAAAUGUCAUGUUAACCCAGGGGUGUCCAAACUACGGCCCGCGGGCCAUCUGCGGCCCGUUGUCAAAAAAAUUAUACAGAUCUGGCCCGUUAUAGGGAAAAAUAAAUGAAAUUCACUAAAUAACCAUCGGGUGUCGCUAUCACAUGCAGCCAAGGCAGUUAGUACGUAAGAUGUACGUAUUGUAAUCGGGCUAAAAAACAACAAAUUAUUGUUGAUCACAUUUUGGUAAGUCAUGGCGCAACAAAGAAAACGGAAAAUCGAAAGUGAAUGCAGGAGAUUUCAAACACGUUGGGGAAAUGAAUAUUUCUUCACUGAGGUCAGCGGGAAAUGUGUCUGCUUAAUUUGCCAGGAGUCUGUUGGGGUGAUGAAGGAAUAUAAUGUUAAAAGACAUUAUGAAACAAAACAUCAGUCUUUCAAAUCUUACACUGGUGCCGAGCGCAAACAAAAGGUGAAACAACUGGAAGCUACCUUGUCAGCACAACAACAACAAUUUUUUCGUGGUAAUAAAGCACAGGAAAAUUCUACAUUAGCUAGUUAUGAGGUAGCUCACCUAAUAGCGCAGCACGGAAAACCCUUCACUGAUGGCGAAUUUGUAAAGGAGUGUCUAAUGAAAGUUGCCACUAUAAUUUGCCCAGAAAAGAUGCAAGAUUUUAAAAACAUCAGUCUUUCAAGGAACACAGUCGGACGGCGAAUUGAAGACUUGUCGGCAAAUCUAAAAGAACAAGUGACAGACAAAGUACCCACGUUUGAUUUUUACUCAAUUGCGUGCGAUGACAGCACUGACUCGACAGACACUGCACAGCUGUUAAUUUUUUUGCGAGGUGUGGACAGUGAUUUUUGCAUUACAGAAGAGCUUCUUGAUAUGAAGAGCCUUAAGAGUACAACAACUGGAAAAGAUAUUUUUGAAGCCGUAUCAUGUGCGAUUGAGAGCAUGAAUCUCCCUUGGGCCAAGCUCUGUGGCAUUACAACGGAUGGAGCGCCAUCCAUGAUCGGCAAGCGGAAAGGAAUGGCUUCCAUGGUAUGCAACAAAGUUCGCGAAAGUGGAGGUGAGGCUGUAAAAAUGCACUGUAUCAUACACCAGGAAGCGCUCUGUGCCAAAGCCAUCCAGAUGGACGAUGUGAUGACCACUGUGGUGAAAACUAUAAACUUGAUUCGUUCAAGAGCGCUCAACCACAGAGAAUUCCGGACAUUUUUGUCUGAUAUUGAUGCAGAAUACGGUGACGUAAUAUAUCACUCUAACGUGCGGUGGCUGAGUCGCGGCUCGGUUCUACAGAGAUUCUAUUCGCUGAGGUCUGAAAUUGACCAGUUUUUGAAAGAAAAAAACCUGACACUUGAUCAACUCAAUGACCCUGACUGGCUGGCAGACCUUGCUUUUUUAGUUGAUUUGACCAGUCACCUAAACGCACUAAAUAAAAGCCUGCAAGGCAAGGACCAGCUGAUAUCGGAAAUGUAUGCGCUCCUGAAAUCCUUUGCAAUGAAGCUAAGACUUUUUGAGAGACAAAUCAGUGACUGCAAUGCUGUGCACUUUCCUAGUUUGUCCGAAAUUAUCUCAAGUUUUUCAGACUCCAACAUCCUUGGAAAAAUGGAUUAAUAUUCGAUAGUGCUCACAUCUCUAAUCACAGAAUUUAAUCAGCAUUUUCAAGACUUUUCCGCUAUUGAUAACGACAUCAAACUGUUCUCAACCCCUUUAUCUGUUAACGUAGAAGAAGUGCAAGAGAAUGUGCAGCUGGAACUCAUUGAACUGCAGUGCGAUGAUUCUCUUCGCAGCCACCACCAGCUUCUUCCCGUGCCUGAGUUUUACAAGAGUUUGGAAACAUCCAGAUUCCCCUUAAUCAAACGUCAUGCACAAAGGAUGAUGAGCCUGUUUGGCUCCACAUACAUAUGUGAGCAAACAUUUUCGCUGAUGACGCUGAACAAGAGUCCACUGAGAGACAGUCUGACUGACAACCAUCUCUGUGACCUGCUUCGUAUCUCUACUACACGACUUACUACGGACUUGACAUCACUUCUGAAAUCCAAGGCACAACAUCACUGUUCACAUUAAUAAAGUUAAUGACAUGCGGCCCAAGACAACAGACAUUUUUUUGCACCUGGCCCCCAGCAGAAAAAGUUUGGACACCCCUGUUGUUAACCCCUUAACCGCUGUCUGCAACUGGGUCCUCUGUUCUUGUCUCACCACACCUGAGAUCUGUGACACAGACAUGAAAAAAAACAGUGCUCUCAAAUUUGCAAUCCUUAACUUGAAAUGACAAAAUAACUUUCUGGGGUGUAGCUUUGUUUCCAGGAGGGCACUUUUUUGCCUUGCCAUGAUUUCGGUACAUUUGACACCUAAAUAAUUGAAACUUCUCAAAAGUGCAAGGGCACUUUUAAAGCAGUGAUUAGCCACAUUCCUGUGUAAUUUUACAUGUGACGUGAAAACAUUUAAUAUUGUAGUCAAGAAACUGCAUGACUUGCAGUUGUAACUGUACAUCCUGGAAUAACUUGCCUGGUUACUUUAAAAAUGACCAAAUCCAGCCAAAUAAGCAAUUGGGAGACUAUAACACAAAAAGACACAUAUAACAAAAGCUCGCGCUGUUUAAAAAACUGGUCGCAAAAUGCGACCAUUUAGUAGCAGUCUGGAGCCCUGCCUUAGGGGCGCUGUAUUUAGUUGUUUGUUCAGCGAGUGUCGCUUCUGGUUGCAUUGUUAUAUUUUUUUCUCUAAUGUCUUCAGUUUUAUUUGUGAAGUAGUUCAUAAAUUCAUCACUGCUAUGCUGAUAUCCAGAAUCAGAAGUUGCUGACAAUUUAUUUUUUGUUAAUUUAGCCACUGUGUUAAAUAAAAACCUAGGGUUGUGCUGGUUUUGUUCUAUUAGUGAUGAAAAGUAGGCGGAUCUAGAGGUUUUUAGGACUUUCCUGUAUUUUCGAAUUCUAUCCUUCCAUGCUGUACGAAAUACCUCUAAUUUGGUUUUCUUAAAGAUGCACGCCAUUUUUUCAGGCCGCUUUCUUUAGAGCCUGAGUGUAUUCAUUAUACCACGUGUUGGGCUGCCAUCUUUAAUCUUCUUUAAGCGCAGAGGAGCAACUGUGUCUAGCAUUUCCGAGAAGGUGGAGUUAAAAUUUUCAGUGGUAAUUCAAGAUCUUCAGCGUUAUUACUCAUGCUAGGGAAUUGAGACAAUUCAGGCAGAUUAUCGAGAAACGGGGCCAGUACUAGUUCUGAACUUCAAAAGAAUUGUAUUGAAAAUUAGACUUCUAGGAAAUGCUAAAAGAGUUAUUGUAAAGUCCAGCGACACUUCCCCCUCUGCCUUUUAGAUGAUGUUUAUAAUAAUAAUAAUCUUGGAGGACAGACUCAUUUAAAGUAAUAUAAUCAUCUGGUUUUAGCCAUGUUUCUGUCAAACAGAGCAUGUCUAUUUUAUGAUCUGUUAUCAUAUCGUUAACAAAAAGUGCUUUAUUAGAGAGAGAUCUAAUAUAGCAAUCCGAGUCGUAACAGUUGAUUAUCUGUAUUUUGUUCAUGUUUAAUUUGUUUAACGUUUAUUAAAUUACUUUCAAGAGGUUUACGCAUUAUUGUAUGUUGGCUAAUCCGGGGGACAGACACAGUCUCUAUUUUGUAAUGUUUGGGAGAAGGGAUUAUUACAUGUUGUACAUUUUGUGUAUUCUGCGACGUGAGACGGCAAGCAGACAGUUGGUUAAGCCAUUCUGUCUGCUCCCUGACCUGGGCCCCAGAGAGUCAUUUAGCAUUAGCAUUAUUAAGACUUUUUGCCAUAUUUCUAGACAGGAUGGAAGCCCCAGCCCAGGAGGGAUGGAGACCAUCUCGUUUCAACAGGUCAGGUCUGCCCUCAAAACUCUUCCAGUUAUUUAUAAAAACUAUAUCAUUCUGCAGGCACCACUCAGACAACCAGCCAUUUAGUGAUGAUAAUCUGCUAUAAAUCUCAUCACCACGAUAAGCAGUGAGGGGGCCAGAGAAUAUUACAGUGUCUGACAUCGUGCUUGCGAGCUCAUACACCUCUUUAAUAUUAUCUUUUGUGAUCUCCGAUUGACGGAGUCGAACAUCAUUUGUGCCGACGUGAAUAACAAUCUUACUGAAUUUACGAUUAGCCUUAGCCAGCACAUUUAAAUUUGACUUGAUGUCAGGCGCUCUGGCUCCCGGUAAACAUUGGACUAUGGUGGCUGGUGCCUCUAUGUUAAAGUUCCGAACAAUAGAAUCACCGAUAACUAGGGAACUUUCAGCAGGUUUCUCAGUCGGUGCGUCACUGAGCAGGGCAAACCUGUUCAAGACUGUAAUCGGAACGGUUGAGUGAUGUUUUGUCCUGUGACUACGCCGUCUCAGUCACAAAGUUUCCCAGCUGUGGGGGGAUUUUCAACCGGAACCGAGCUGUGUGCGCUAAUGUUGCUCGCAUCCAAAGUGUUUUCUAUGGUCCUUACACUCUUACUAUCCUCAGAUAAAGAUUGGAUGCGAGACUCUAAUUCUAAGAUCUUCUCUGUCAGCCUAACUAUUUCCCUGCAUUUAUCGCAUAUAAAACCCUCGCAGCUGACAGAGAAGGCUAAGCUAAACAUAUGACAUGAGGUGCAAGUAACAAUAAUAGGAAUAGAAGCCAUAACUCACCGGGUUUGAAGUGCAAUUCCAACUUACCAAGGUUGCUCGAUGAAUCGUAGUAUACUUGCUUAAAAAGAGAAACAGUUAGCACACAAGACAAACCAGAGGCAAGAUGAUAUUCCACAAAAUAAACAGAAAGCAAGCUAACACGCUAUUGCUAUGCUAACGGCAUUAAGUUAACUAUCAAUUUUGGUUUAGAAUCUUCAAGUAAAUAACAAGAAACAGGGUUAUUGAGAUAUCAGGAUAAGUUAGCAACGACAAUGAUAAGUAACGAUAAUAAAAUACAUUAAUAUUAGAGCGAAGUGUAAGUGCAGGGAUACAAACAAACCGCGAGCAGCCAACUUUCAUUCAUCUGUUAGUACCUUAAUGACAGAUAAGACCCCACUCUGAUUUGGUUGCAGUUGAAACUGGACAAGUUUGAAACAGCAGUGAUCUGUAUGGAUUGCACUCGUCACAGUAAAAUAUUAGGUUUCACUUGGUGUGGAGUAGUUUGGUACUAUGCUGUGUAGGCUGUCAACUUUACGGUGGCUUUGUUAUUUUGCAUGAGAUUUAUUUGGUCUGAGUGAGAGCGUGAGAUAGAGAACCUGAAAGCGCCUGUCAAGUCCUGGUCUAUUUACAUACAAACUAUGUUGAUGUUCAUAUUUUCAAACAGUAUUUUUUACAUUUACGUAAAAGAAGACGCAAAUACCGAUUAGUGAUUGAUAUGAAAAUGUUGUUUUUGCACGUGCACAGCUAAUUCACGAGUCAGCCUGUCAUACUGUCGAACUGAAUACGCUGCUGCUGCUUCUCCCUGCCCCUAACUGAACAGAGGAAACACAGAGAUAUGUGAUCCAAAGCUGGGACAGCAAGACCACGCUCUCGGGGAGUCUUGGAUCAAUUGGUUAAAGUUAAUAUUGUAUUUUAACACAAACGGGAGUUUAUCUAUUGCCAAAUACAAGUAAUUUUACCUUGCUUGCCAUUGUGUGUUCAACAAUUCGACAGAAAACAAACUCGC